GAAGGAGGGGGCCGGCGGAGAAAUGUCACCGGCUUAAAGGCAGCCGGUGUUCCUGCGCUGCCUCGGCGCUCCCGCUCCGUGCUCACCCCGAGACGGCGGAGGCUCCCUCGGGUACUCGCGGACCUUCCGCCCGUUGACUCACGGAGCCCCAGGCGGGACUGUCACACAGGGGCUCCGGGAACACGCAGUGGAUGAGGGCCGAGGUGGGGAUGGCGAUCCCGGAGGCUUGCUGCGCCUGCUGAAGGGAGCACAGUCGCCUCGUUAUGGUCAUUAUCUUCAGAUGAAUAGCUUUGCUUGACCCGAGGGAGCAUAUAAUAAUGAGCGGUGCAGCUUUGGGACUUGAGAUUGUUUUUGUCUUUUUUCUGGCUUUAUUAAUACUUCAUCGAUAUGGAGACUUUAAGAAACAGCAUAGACUUGUAAUUGUUGCAACACUACUUGCUUGGUAUCUCUGCUUUCUCAUAGUCUUCAUCCUGCCGUUGGAUGUCAGUACGACGAUAUACAACCGAUGCAAACAAGCUGCCAACUCUAGCCCUUCAGAAAAUAACAAUAUAACUGGAUCUUACUCUACAGCUGCUCCUGUUACAGGAAAACAUCCGUGUUUCAAGCCAUGGAGCUAUAUCCCUGACGGAAUCAUGCCAAUUUUCUGGCGUGUUGUAUAUUGGACAUCACAGUUUUUAACAUGGAUCCUGUUACCUUUUAUGCAAUCAUAUGCAAGAUCAGGAGGAUUUUCCAUUACUGGAAAGAUCAAAACAGCACUGAUUGAGAAUGCAAUUUAUUAUGGCACUUAUUUGCUGAUUUUUGGAGCAUUUUUAAUUUACGUGGCUGUAAAUCCAAAUUUGCACUUAGAAUGGAAUCAACUUCAAACAAUUGGGAUAGCUGCUGCCAAUACGUGGGGCCUGUUUCUCCUUGUUUUAUUGUUGGGGUAUGGCUUGGUGGAAAUUCCUAGGUCCCAUUGGAAUGGAGCUAAGAGAGGGUACCUACUUAUGAAGACAUAUUUCAAGGCUGCCAAACUGAUGACUGAGAAAGCAGAUGCCGAAGAGAAUUUAGAGGAUAUAAUGGAAGAGGUUCGAAAAGUGAAUGAAAGCAUCAAGUAUAACCACCCUUUGAGGAAAUGUGUUGAUACAAUAUUAAAAAAGUGUCCUACAGAAUACCAAGAAAAAAUGGGCAGAAAUAUGGAUGACUAUGAAGACUUUGAUGAAAAACAUAAUACUUACCCAAGUGAAAAAAGUUUGGUUAAACUUCAUAAGCAGGUCAUUUAUUCAGUUCAGAGACAUCGUCGUACACAAGUACAGUGGCGAAUUCUUUUGGAACAAGCAUUUUAUCUUGAAGAUGUGGCCAAAAAUGAAACCAGUGCUACCCGCCAGUUUGUUCAUACUUUUCAACCACAAGAGCCAGAAAACAGAUUUAUCCAGUAUUUCUACAGUCCAACAAUUGAAUGGUAUUGGGAAUGUCUCUUGAGGCCCUGGUUUUAUAGAAUUCUUGCUGUUGUUUUGGCUAUCUUCUCUGUGAUUGUCGUGUGGUCAGAAUGUACAUUCUUUAGCACUAAGCCUGUCUUAUCCCUAUUUGCAGUCUUCAUACAGCUGGCAGAAAGAACAUACAAUUAUAUAUAUAUUGAAAUUGCAUGUUUUCUUUCCAUCUUCUUCUUAAGUAUCUGUGUUUAUUCUACUGUCUUCAGGAUUCGUGUAUUUAACUAUUAUUAUUUAGCAUCACAUCACCAGACUGAUGCUUACAGUCUUCUCUUUAGUGGCAUGUUAUUCUGUCGUUUGACUCCUCCUUUGUGUCUAAAUUUUUUGGGCUUGACACACAUGGAUUCAACAAUCUCUCACCAGGAUACUCAACCAACUGCUUAUACAUCAAUUAUGGGUUCCAUGAAAGUAUUAUCUUUUAUUGCUGAUGGAUUCUAUAUUUACUAUCCUAUGUUGGUUGUUAUUCUCUGUAUUGCUACUUAUUUUAGUUUAGGAACACGUUGUCUGAAUCUGCUAGGUUUCCAACAAUUCAUGGGAGAUAAUGAUAUGACAUCAGACUUGGUUGAUGAAGGAAAAGAGUUAAUUAGACGAGAGAAGAGAAAAAGACAAAGACAAGAAGAAGGUGAAAAUCGAAGAAGAGAAUGGAAAGAGCGUUAUGGAAACAAUCGAGAAGAAUCCACUAGGAAUAGAAAUGUUCAUACUGACCCAAAGGAGUCAAACUACUCAGAAACCAAUACCAAUAGAUCAGUUUCUAAAUAUACAAGAUCUAAUAAUCGGACUGAAAGAGAUAGAAUUGAAUUACUCCAAGAUGCAGAACCUCUGGAUUUUAAUGCAGAAACCUUCACUGAUGAUCCUCUUGAAUCUGAAUCAGGAAGGUAUCAACCUGGUGGAAGGUAUCUGUCAAUGUCUCGAAGCAAAAUAUUUGAUGAUGUCUAAAGCUUGAAAAUAUUUAAGUGACAACUAAUUUUUGAAAGUCUUCGUAUCUAAGUCAUUUCUUGUUUAAAGUAUUUGUAACAUUGGUGUACCCUCAGAACUUGUUUUCAAUUGUGGAAAAAUAGUCAAGUUUGGGUAAAAAAACAAUAUAGAACUUAUAAUUUGUAUAAUAAUUUAUUUCUCAUCAGGUAGUAGAGUACCAUAGUCUCAUGGGAUUUAUUGCAUAUGAUACAACUUUUUAUGUGUUCUCUCAGAUUGGAUAAUGGAAAUGUCCAUUUGAUUCAAAUUAAAAAUUAGUCCAUGCAAAAAUAUUUGUGUGUUUCAGGGUGGUUGAAAUGAAUCUUUUUUUCCUGAAAGUUAUUCAAAAAUUAAUAAGUAAUCUAUAAGACAUCAAGUACACUACAAUUCUCUUCUCAUUUGUGACAUAUGUUUUGAAACUUAAAAAGAAAAUAUUCUAUUAGCAUUUUUCAAGGAUAUGUAAUUGAAUGGAGAAAUCAAGUAUUGAUUACAUUCACAGAACUUGUGUCUUAAAACAAUGCUUUUCCAUGAUGUGCAGAGUUUUGCAUGUAUUAUUAAGAUAUUUCAAUUGGCAAUAUUAGUAUUUUUUUAGCAUGUGUGAUGACCAAGAGGUCUUUUUAAGAUUUUGAUAGUAGGUGGAAGUCUUUGUAUUUUUUUUUUUUUUUGGUAUAGCUUUAAUUUGAUGGAGAUGAGUUUAAAAUUUUCCAAUUAAGUAUUUUUUUGUAUUCUUAAUUAACUACUGAGCUUUCUGUCCAAGAAAAUUAUGUGCAUUAAUUAAUGACAAAUAUUUUUGAUAUCCAAAGAACAUGAAAAAGAGAUCUGAGAUUUUUCAUUGUGCCUGUAUAUAUCAGUACAGCUUUUACAAAAGACACAUGCUUUUUCCAUUCAAAGGAAAAAAAAAUACUAAUACAAAAGCUACUGUAGAUUAGUACUUACAUUGUGGUUUAUGAAACGUGUCAAACCAAAAUAGAUUGUAAAUAAUUUAUUGGUUAAAUAUGAUAAUUUAAAAAAUAAUUUGUUUUGGUUUCAUGGUUGAGCCAAAGUUGUUAAUUUUUAAAUCACCAUCUUUAUUUUGAAAAGUGAAUGUGAAUGAAUGAAAUCCUUGAAAUAUUUUCCACUUACACAAUUUAGUAGGAUAUAUAUUUUUAGAAAACUGAAUUUCCCCCAGGUCAUCAUAUUUCAAAGGAGCUGAAGGUUUAAAAACUAAUAAUAAUAUUAUGUAAUUUUAAAAAUUUAAUGUAAUGCAAUUACUCAAAAGAUUAUGGCUAACCCUGUUAGCUACUUCUUUUUAGUCUGAUUCUAAAAACAAUGAAAUUGAGUACAUUCAAACUGAAUGCCAGUGGGAAGAUUUGCCCUACUACAUUGAAGGUUUUACUCUUUUUUGAGUCACGUUCUUCCCUUUGUAAAGUGUAUUUGUUCAUAGAUCAGUAAGCAGGACAUAAUGAUGCUUUGGUACUGAAUGUAGUGCCACUAUGGAUUUUCCUUGGGCAAAAUGGAACCUCUCAGUGCCUCGGUUUUCUUCAUUUAUAUAAUGAAGAUAUUUCUAUCUACCUACCUCGCAAGGAUACUGUGAGGGUAUUAAAUUAAUGUUUAUAAUAAUUUGAAUCAAAGAACCAGAAUUGUCCUUUUAUCAUUAUCAUCAUUACAAGUUAUGCUUGAAAGUAUUGGAUGGAAAAAAAAUGUUCUUUAAAAAGUGGACUCUUAUUUCCUUACUCUAGUAUGGAAAUAAACUUAUCUCUCCGGCAAGACUCUUAGGUAUAAUGUGAUUUUUUUUUUCCUAUGAAAAUAAUUUGGUGAUUAUUGCAAAUGCUUUGUAUCGUAUGGCUUUACUUUGGAAAUUUUCCCUUCAAUGCAGUGAUAUUUCUUAUCAGGUUUUAUCAUGAAUUCCCCUAUAGCAAUGUAGAUAGGGAAGAGAGAAAAUUCAGAAAACCCAUGGUACUAGGUAAUUUGAAGUUUUACAAAUAGAAUUAACUGUCUCAAGGAGUUUAUGGCCUAAUGGUAUUUACUUCAGAACAUUAUUAUUAUAGUUAUGCUUUUUAUAUGUGGGGCAGAUGUGUAAAGCAUGACUCACUGAUAGUAAUACUCUGUAUUGUAAUGAAGUCAAUAAUGACAAUAUCCCAGAGUAGUCAGUGAUGUAGGAUAUUAGGCUAAUAAUUAAUAAUACCCAUGCUAGGAAGUAAUAGAUUUGUUGUUUUCAUAAACAACAUUAAAGUUACUAUGUAUCACUUUGCUAAAGGGAAAAAAAAAAAACCUAGGCCAUUGGUUUUUCCCCCACUAUAUCAUCUUUUCUAUGUAAUAUUUAUGGGUCAAAGGGACAUCACUGUGAAACCUUAAAGCAAGAGAUUAAGACAACUGGGCUGGCAGUUAGGAGACCUACUCCCAGUUCUGCCUGCUAACUAGCUGUAAGACAUCAAACAACAGACCUGAGUCAUAAUCAAUGCUUGUUUACUGACUUAGCAUUCCGAAGCCUCUGUUUCUUUAUUUUUAAAUCAAAGUAAUAGGGCUAGAAGAUCUUAUUUCCACUUCCUUGAAGACUUAGUCCUAAUUAUUACUUGGAAUUCCAUCACUAAAUGAAUACCUCCUCUUGGAUUACUUUUAAAAAGGCACUUAAUAAACAUCAGUAAUUAAAGCUAAAUUUAAGCUUUUCAAGGGUUUCUUUUGACAAAGAAUUUCCCAUUUUAGUUAGGAAAAUUAGGAAAAAUAAAGCAUAGAACUAAAUUCUGAUAAUAAAUAUUUGAAUUACAUGUAAUUUGAUGUAUUUAGUCAAAUUGUCAAUACCAAAAUCUCAGUUAUUUUUGCUAAUUAAAUUGAUUACAAAUGGAAAAAUUGUUUGUUCUUCCUCAUUUUAUUGCACCAUAAUGGAAAGUUCUUGAAAAGCUAAUAUAUUGAAGAAAAUAUUUUUAAACUAUUCUGCUAUAAUGUAAUUCAAACUGUUAAAUAGUUUCUGAUUUUUAUUUAAUUAUGCUUCAGAUUUAGAAAGUGGCUGGAAGAGGCAAAAGCCUUCUUAUCAGAAUUUAAGAGAUCUUAAAUCCCUAAAUCCUACUUAAAUGAUCUUCGUAGUAAUAGAUUAUAUUUUAUUAAAUUUCAGAGGUUAAGGAAUGAUUGGUUUUCUAAGGCUUUCCCUGUAAUAUCAUUUUUAAAAACUCUACUGACAGUAUUUUUUUUAACUUUAUAUAUCUUUGUCCAGUUUGCUUAGCGAUGAUUGUUAUAGAAACUAUGUUCAGAACAUUGAAGAUUGUAAAACAAACAAAUAAACAACAACAACAACAAUAACAACAACAACAAAACUGGGUUCCAGCUUUCAGUUCCACUACUUGAAAUAGCAGUGAUACAUUACAUUAUUGGGAGACAUUGUGCUAGAUGACUAAAAUGAAUGUUAUUUAGGUACUUUAAUGUCAAUUUCUUCAAACUACUAGGUUACUACCAUAAAAUCCAAUUGUUAAAUUAUAUUAUUUAUAUAAUAUGAUUAUUUAUUAUGUUGCUACGCUUGCAAAUAAAGAGAAUGACUGGUAAUAUAUGGGUAAUGAUAUUGAGCCUAGAUUACAAUCAUAAUGUUCCUAUUUGCAAAAAGAAUGCUUUCUAAUGAUACUCUCUUCUUAAACAGAAAUUUCAUUACCCAAAAUAAAAUCAUCUGUGAUUUAAGCAAACACACUUCAGAGCUCAGUUUCCCUGUCUGCAACUAAUUGCUGUUUCCCCUCCUAAUGGUCCCAGAAUGAAGAGUAAUUCUGCCUCUACUGGAAUUAUCUCUAGCCAAGUGAUUGACUAUAAUACACCCCAUAUUGAGUAGGUCUUCUGUGCUAUUUUGAUGGGUAGUAUUAGUCUUGGAAAGUUGACCCUCUCUUCAGAAGUAUCUGAGUUCUGGUAUAUCCUUGAGUGAUUGGCACCUGAGAUUAUUCCAGUACUCCCAGUAAGUCAGUGCUAAGGAGACUUGAACUUUUCUUUCUCUUUCCAUACUCAGAAAAAUUUGUUGCCAGAGAAUUUGUUAAUUUAGAUGUCAGGAUUUUUAUUUUGUUUUCAGGAUAUGUGUAGUUUAUUGAUAAAAAGAAAGAUAAGGAACACUGCCAUGUUUUAUCUCAUUCUAAAAGAACACAUUUAUUUUCAAUAAAAUUCUUAGGUUAAAUAGCUAAUAUAUUUAUCUUGGAAAUUCUUUUUUAUUCAGUGACUUGAUAAAGUAAAACUUGAUGUUUUUGGCAUGUGGUUAGAAGGGCUUUACUUUUUUAUUUUUUUUUUUGGUAGUGUUUUACUUUUGCAGAAUUGACAUGUGCAAUUGAGCCUAUAACUGUAGCCAUCUAAAGUUCAAUAUUUGUCAGUAUGAUACUAGCCAAUGUCUUUGACAUUUAGCAUAUUAGGUUAUAGAUUUUUAUGAUGAUUAUUUAUUGGUAAAACAAUGAAUCUGCUUCUGACCAUGCUGAAAAGUGUAAUGGGAUUUUUCUGAUUAGAAAGUUCAAGCAAAAUGCUUCACAUUUAAAGUCUGGGGAUGUAUAGAAUUGCCUUUUAGUUUCCUGCAGUCAGAUUUACAUUUAUAAAUUAUAUAAUGAUAAAAAUGCUCUCACAUUGAUGCUCUUAUUCCUGGCUGUAAUUUUUCUAUUCAAUUUUUGUGAAAACAGUAUUUUGUUGCUUUCAAAUGAAAUUUUGAAGUCAUAUGAUUCCUUCCAUACAGUAGUGUUCUGAUACUAAUUUUCUCUCUUGCUUAUUAGAUUAUUAAAUUACACCUCCCCCAUUUCUUCUAUCCAUUUUAGGUUUACCAAAAUAAGCUGGAAAUCUAAUGUGUUGAAUCAAUUAUGUUGGUGGUACUUUUUCCAUUUUAAGUUGUUCAUAUGAAAAUCAAGUAUAAUUAACUUCUUCCAAUUUGUAAAUUAACUGAUGAGUCUGAGCACAUAUUUUGUCAGUGAGUUAAUAGUGAUGUAUGUGCAUGAUGCCAAUGUUAUUUUCAGUCAGUCAUUAAUUACUACAUGAAAUUUUAGUGAAAAGACUUUCUCCCAUUUUUGUUUGACUCCUUUUGUUUGACUAAUUUCAUAUCAUCUGAAAAUUUGUUGGUUGGAAGUUUUAACUAUUUGUACAAUUUCUGUGCUGUAAAACUUUAGUAUGUAUUCAAUUAUGUAUUUAGAAAAGGCUGUAGAAGUGCUAUUUAUUAGCAGUCUAGCAAAUCUUUUGCCUUAUCUCUGCAUAAUAGCCUUCCAUUUUGGUUAUGACACAAUAAAAUCAAUUUUAUUUUUUCUGUACUAUGUUAAAUUAUUGGUGAUGUAAUGAUUUUUUUAAAAGAAUGUAUAUUUGAUCAGUUGUUAAAAUGUAGGCAAUUGUAGACUUGCACGAAAUAAAAUAACAUUUCUAAAAUUA